AUGGGCCACGGAGCAAUGGCGGCGGCAGGGACAGCGAACGCCGUGAGGAUGGCGGAGGCGAGAUGCAGGAGUGCGAUAAUGGAAGCCAUGGCAGAGGUAGAGAAGAUGCUGCGCAUGCUGCCGCUUCAAGCACGAGAGAGGCGGGUGGGCAUGAGGCAACGAUGCUCCUGGGAAAGGGACUCUGCUGGAGACAAUUCAGGGGAGCAUGCGAUGAUGGGGGGCGUGCAGAGGGAGGAGAAGGGAGAGCAGCAGCUGACGAUGGCAGUGACUCUUGCUUGCCUUCCUGUAGGGGGACCUCUGAUGUGGGCGAACUGCGGUAACGCGUUGAAGAAGAAGGCGGAGGAUGAGAGCGGCAUCACCUACCCGGCCUUGCUGGCGUUCCGAAGGCCGCCACAAUCCAACACAUUCAUCUCCGAGAUUGAACGAGACCUCGGGAGGACGCUACCGGGUCAGCGAGGCCCAAGAGGGGAGGAAGAUUACUUUUCGAGUGAAGAAGGGAGAAGUCGACUACGAAACGUGCUCGUCGCAUACUCGACUUUCAACCCGACAGUGGGAUACUGUCAGAGCAUGAACUUCCUGGCGGCGAUCUUGAUCCUGCAGAUUGAUGAAGAAGAAGCUGCUUUCUGGGUACUGGCUACUGUCGUCGAGCGCAUCUUACCCAUGUACUAUCACCGCUCGCUCCUCGGGCUCUCCAUCGAUCAGGCGGUUUUGAAAGAUUAUCUCUGCGCGGAGAUGCCGGCGGUAUGCAAGAAGUUCGAGGAGCUCUCCUGCGACCUUUCCUUCGUCUCCACCAACUGCCUCUCCUGGGACUGCGUGAACCGAAUCAUGGACAUCCUCCUUCAUGAUGGAGACGCUCAGAUUCUCCUCCGUGCUUCUGCUGCUGUUGUGAAGCUCAUGCAAAACAAGAUCCUAGCUUGCAAGACGCAGGAGGACCUGCUGAUGGUGCUAAAGCCCAAGGAAGGAACGCUCACCCUCGAGAAAGGCAAGGCGAUCGAAGCAGAUCAACUCAUCAAGGUUGUCUUCACUGCCCUCCCCCCCAUCCCGGACUUGCCGCAGCGUCGAGCUCUCCUGGACCAGUCGUUCCGUGACAAACUUCGCUUCUCUCCCCAUAUUCAGCUUGCCCCAUGUCCAAUCGCAGGCAUCUGA